GGUUUCUAUUUUGCCGGAGUGAGCUCACUGCGUUGUUAUAUAAACUGAGAGAGCGAGACAAAGGUUUGCAGACCGAGGUAGCGCCCUGCAGACUGCUGGACCGCAAGCGACGGAAAGUUUGCUUCCUGCGAUACAGUAUUUAACAUCCUCUCCGGGAAAGGAAAAAUGAGCCGACCCCUGAGGUCAAAGCUGGAGAGCUUGCAGUGCCAUUUCACCUGGGAUUUCGAGAUCAAGGACAAGGUGGAUGCAGUGCACAUCCUACAGGUUCUGGCCCCAAAGGCCCAGCACACCCCACACCGCAAUCGAGGCGCCUACCUUGCCAUGAGGGCCUACCUCCAGCACCUGCAGGGGAACUACGAGGAGGCCCUGGGCAGCCUCCGAGAAGCAGAGGGGGCUCUGAAGCGGGACCACCCUGCCAACUUCUCCCGCCAGGCCCUGGUGACCUACGGCAACUACGCCUGGGUCUACUACCGCUUGGUCAAUUAUGACAUGGUGGACCUCUACCUGGGACGCAUACACGACAUCUGCCGGUCCUUGGCCAGCCCAGAGGCUUACUCUGCGAUGAUCCCUGAAAUCCACGCUCAGAAAGGUUGGUCCCUCCUGGCUGUGGGCUUCCGGAAUGGGGAUGAGGCCGCAGAAUGUUUCCGGAAGGCGCUGGAGGUAGAAGAGUCCAAUGAGGAGUACCAGGCUGGACUGGCCGUCUCCGUUUUUGCCUCCUGGACUCAUUCCUCUAAUGCUGAACAACGGGAAGAAGCCCAGAAGUUGCUGGAAGAAGUCAUUGCUCGCCAGCCACAGAACUAUGAAGCCAAAGCUUAUUUGGCUCAGGUACUUAAGGAUGUGGAUACGGAAAGAGCGCUCUGCCUUGCGGACGAUGUUGCCCGGGAGAGCGUGAACCCCGAAGUCCUCCGAAACAUCUCCAAGCUGUACAAGCCGCAAUCCCUUCCCCGAACCAUUUCCAUUCUGAAGAAGGCCAUCGCCCUAGAUCCUGGCUACCAUCUCCCACACCACGACCUUGGCCUGUGCUACCUGAAGCAGUUGGGGAGCCCUCCAGGCGAUGUCAGAGAAGAAGCCGUCGAGGCUGCCAUCGAGAGCUUCAAACGCGUGCUGGAGAAGGAUCCUUUCUCCAUCUUCACCCAGCUGAAGCUGGCGAUGUUUUACGGCGAGAGGUCGCCGGCUUACGAGGAAGAGAUCUACCUGAACCUGAUGGAGGAGCUCCCGGGAGCCAGCAAGAGAUGCCAGCAGUCGAUCUACAUACACUGGGGGGAUUUCCUCCUCCACAAGAAGGGGAUGAAGAGUCAGGCCCUAGAGAUGUACCAGGCGGCUGCCAGGAUCCCCGGAGACCAUGCAUUUGAGAGGAAGCAGCUGGAAAUUCGCCUGAAGAAGCUGGCAAGUAUGUUCAGGGAGGAUGGAGAAAUGGACCAAGCAAGAGCUGUCUACAGCUUCCUUGAAGAAACGGGGCUUCAGGUUAGGAGGCAAAAGAGUGGCAGGGCCCAGCAGUGAAAGACCUUCAUACACACACAUUUGCGAAGAGGCAGGGGGUUGUGGCUCUUUCCUUCCAGUUUUGGCUCUUCCUGCAGCCUCUGAGCCCCAUGAUGAUGAUGAUGAUGAUGAUGAUAAUAAUUUAUUAUUUAUACCCCGCCCAUCUGGCUGGGCUUCACCAGCCACUCUGGGCGGCUUCCAACAGAAAAAUAAAAUAAUCGAUUAAACAUUAAAAGCCUCCCUGAACAGGGCUGCCUUCAGAUGUCUUCUAAAAAUCUGGUAGCUGUUUUUCUCUUUGACAUCUGGUGGGAGGGCGUUCCACAGGGCGGGCGCCACCACCGAGAAGGCCCUCUGCCUGGUUCCCUGCAACUUGGCUUCUCGCAGCGAGGGAACCGCCAGAAGGCCCUCGGCGCUGGACCUCAGUGUCUGGGCAGAACGAUGGGGGUGAAGACGCUCCUUCAGGUAUACUGGACCGAGGCCAUUUAGGGCUUGAAAGGUCAGCACCAACACUUUGAAUUGUGCUCGGAAACGUACUGGGAGCCAAUGUAGAUCUUUCAAGACCUCUGACAGGAGAUUUUGCUGGGGAAAAGCUGGUUUCCUUAAAGUUUCAUUGCAUUCCCCUCCCCGCACUAAACAGGGGGAAGCUUCCGGUUGUGUUUAUCUGCAAUAAAGUGUAGUUGUUUGUAGAAGAUGCAUUGCUUUUAUUACUAUUACUAUUCUUACUAUUUUUAGUUGCAGGCGGAAAGUCCUGGAUCCAGCAAGGGUUAAAAUCUAACGGAGGAUUCCAUUGCUGAACCAAGGAGCGACUUUCUUUGUGGAAUAAUGGCAGUAGUUGCCACGCUAAGCACUUUUUCCCCGCACUACCAAUUCCCAUCAUCCCUAGCUAGCAGGACCAGUGGUCAAGGAUGAUGGGAGCUGUAGUCCAAAAGCAUCUGGAGACUCGAGUUAGACCAGUGGUUCCCAACAGGUGGUCCGCGGAACCCCAGGGGUCCGCGAGCUAUGCCAGAGGGGUCCGCAAGAUGCUAUCAGAAUAAAAAAUAUAUUAAAUAUAUUUCGUAUGAUAACAGAUUUUUUGUUUUGGCUGCUUCCUGCAUGAGCAGAGUCCAGCGCAAAACUAGAAUUAGAGGCAGUAGUUCUGCUGUAUGCCGUUAGGUGGCGCUUUACAAACACUACUGUUUUGCAAAGAGGCAGCGCACGCAUUCUACUAACGCUCACCUCCCCAAGAUGCUUUGCGCGCGUCGGCUUCAUUUGUGCGCUACUGCGCAGGUACCCUGUCUUCUCCAUUCCCCUCCCUCCUCCCUGGCGCGCGCUGCCUCUUUGCAAAACAGUAGUUAAAGCUACAGUUCGUGUAGUUAAAAAUGGACCGUUGGUUAAAAAGUGGUUCGUUAAAACGACAAAGGCCUACAGGUGAAGAGGAAGAACUGUAAAAAAAAACGUAUAAAUAUAAAAUAUAAAAAGACUCUUAAUUUGGCUCUCACUUUUUAAUUUUAGGAUUAGGAAUUAAUGGGGGUCCUUGUCACAAUAGCGGCUCGAUGAGGGGUCCUCGAGAAAAUUUUGUUGGGAACCCCUGAGUUAGACAAAGGCUGUUGGCAGAGGAAUUCAAUGCAAUGAUCAGUUUGUUUUGUGCUUGAUUCCAAGGCUGUCAGUAUGGAAGAAGCAAGACCUUUUGGGGUGUUAAGUCUGUGAGUCCUUCCAUCCUGGGCUGAGGUUGUAUAUAUGUUGUGCAAAUAAACCAUAUAUCCUAAAGACACCACGGUCUCCACUGUCGCUCAUUCCAAGGCACGUAACAGUAUUAAGAUUAUGGUAACCACAUAUUGCUUGCCCGUCACCCUAAGGUCCCAGGGCGGGUUGCAGCCAUGGAAGUUAUUAAUAUAUCAAAAGAUGGCAUUGCACAAUAUUGCAAACAGUUUAAAGCCAAGUAGGAAUUGCUGGGGGUUGAAACAGAUUAGCCUUUGGGUCCCUUCCAACUAAUUGCAGAAGUGAGGUGGGCAUUCAUAAGAGACACUUCAGGGGUUGAAAUGCCACAGGGGGUGCUUGCGUUGAGACUCUGCUGUGUCUCAGCUGCACAACAAACACCAGGGGGAACAUGGGAACAGAGCCAUGCUCCGGGAAGUUCCCCUGCGCCAGUCUCAAGCCUGCUGUCGUCUUGCUUGGCACCCACAGUUUUCAGCAAGGCUUGUUCAAGAGAACCAGGAAACCUUCAGCGGAGCCCUGCGGUGCCAGAUGAUUUUGGGAAUGUUCAGGGUGGCAGCAGAGGACAUAUUGUUCAUUAAUAUCCUUUCUAAUUUGUGUUAGCAAGUUCCUUUACUUAGCAGAGUUUACAUUCCCCUUUUGCAUGCACAACAGAUAUCUGGUUGCAGGCUUGUGUGAGCCUCUCACUCUUAUACAAUUUAAUCUGUUUCAGAUUGAAUUGUACGUUCCUGGUAAAUUCCCUUGAAUCCCUCUUAAAAGAAUAAAGACACCACAAUCUUAUUCAAAGUCAACAAGAGAAGUUUACUAACAUCAGUUCACAGUUGGAUUCCUGAAGCCAGACUUAGAUACAAAUAUUUACAUGUUGAUCUACUCCAUAUGGGGGAAUAAUCCCAGUGCUCCUGCUAGCUGAGAGCUAGCAAAGCAGUCCUAGCUAAAAGCUGGUCAAACAAAGAAGUGAAAAAGAGAGAGGUGUGUUGUGUGACUCAUCCUUUUGUUACCUGGACAGGUAAGGUCACGCCCACUUUCUAUCACAUGCAGAAGGAAGGAUGCUCCAGCAAGGAGGAACAGGAAGUUUCGGCUGGCUGGACCAAACAUUCCCUUGCAUGUCUUCUCUAGCAUUACCAGGAAUGUUGUACUUGACUGCCUCUCAUGGAUCACGUCCCACAGAUGAGACCAUCUCAUCCAGCACCCCUUCUUGCUGUGCCCCCCCCCAGAUGCCCCUGUGUGAAGGCUGUAAGCAGCUGCCGUCUGUCCUCUUGCGCCACUCAGAACCAUGAAGACCCUAUUGGAAGGGCAAAGAACAUAGGAGUGUAAGAUUUUGGAGGGAGGGAAGGGAGCCAAAGGAUCUAGGGGGCCACGCUCGGCUCCUAGACCUGAGGCUCCCGAUCUGCUGGCCAAAUUUUAAAUCACAAGUUGAGGACCACCCUGUUCCUCCUGGUUCCUCUCAUCCCACUUGGGUUUGUAGACCAGGAAACUGCAGGAGGGGGGACAACUUGGAACUUAACCUUUAGGAAAAGGGGGACUUUCCCAGGAAACUGCCACCCAGCUAGCAGUCUUCUUCCGGAACAGCCAUUGAUGCUUGUUUAGGCAAGCCAACUCGGAUGCUUAGAAUCUUAAGAGUCAGGAGGGAUCCCGAGGGCAUCCAGUCCAACCCCCUGCUGGAAUUGCGGCUAAAGGAUCCAUGACAGAGGGCUAGCCAACCUCUGCUUAAAAUCCUCCAAGGAAGGAGAGUCUGC